AUGUCUGGCCAGAACGACUCUGCUGCUUGGCCCAAGGCCGAGGACCCCGCGCUGAUCCAGGAGCUGCUCGACUGCGUGCAGCAGGCGAGCCACUACCGCCAGUUGAAGAAGGGCGCCAACGAGGCGACCAAGUCCAUCAACCGCGGAACCAGCGAGCUCGUCAUCCUCGCUGCCGACACCCAGCCUCUGAGCAUCGUCCUCCACAUCCCGCUCAUUAGCGAGGAGAAGAACGUCCCUUACGUGUACGUUCCCAGCAAGGUCGCUCUCGGCCGUGCCUGCGGUGUCUCGCGUGCGGUGAUCGCCGUCUCGCUCACGUCGAACGAGGCCUCGGACCUGAACUCCAAGAUCCGUGCCCUGCGUGACAAGGUUGAGCGUCUGGCCAUGUAA